UCUUUUCUCGAAACAUAACUUUUACCUCUUCUCUCUCUACUUCUUGUAUUAAUCUCAAAGUACGAAGCUAUGGCCUCAAAAUCCAUCGUCGUUUUCCUCUUCCUCGCUGUCAUAGCUUCCUCCGUAAUAGCUCAGGCUCCGGGACCAUCUCCAACAAGAUCUCCUCUUCCCGCCACUCCUCCAAUAUCACAGCCUCCAAGAACCGCCGCACCAACUACAUCACGCGCCAGCACUCCGCCGCCCUCCGUCACUCCCACGGCAGCUCCCACCUCCCCUCCGGUUGGUUCACCCACCUCCACCGUCGCUUCACCGCCGGCUCCUCCGACAUCUGUUACCCCCGAUGGAGCGCCUGCCGCAAAUGCUCCUUCAUGCCCGACCGAAUCUACUCCUGCUAACGAGAAUAACGCGGCUGCACUCUCCGCCGGGUCUUUUACGGGAUUUGUAUUCGUCGCUACUUUGUUACUGUAGUAUGGUGUUUUAAAUUGGUUUGUUACGGAUUUUUUGUUCAUCUUCGGUCGUUUUGUAUUUUUGUUUAUUAUUGAGAAUUCGAGAUUUUAGUGAUGGACGGUAGUUAUUCCAUCAACUUAUGUCUUAAUAGUUUGUUUAGAAAUAAAUUUGUGUUAUCGUUUGA